ACAGAUCAGCUAGCUCCACCAGAGAAGCAAAGCAAACCCUUCUUCCCUGAGAUGGCAUCCGGUUCGAUGAGCUCCUCCUGGACCGCGAAGGAGAACAAGAUGUUCGAGAAGGCACUGGCGGUGUACGACAGGGACACCCCCGACCGCUGGCACAAGAUCGCCCGGGCCAUCGGCGGGAAGACGGCGGACGAAGUGAAGCGCUACUACGACCUGCUCGUGGAGGACGUGCGCCGCAUCGAGGCUGGCCAAAUGCCGUACGCCAAUUACCGGUCCUCUAAUGGCAGAGGUUGAGAGUGUUUGGAGCUCAACCGGAGAACGAACAAGAAGCAAGGAGCAUUUCACUGUUCUGGAUAUCAGUUAUCACAAUCUUAAUUAUAGGAC